AUGGCGCACCAGAACGGCAACGCCACCACCGCGCCCAGUGCAGGCCUGAAGAAAGUCAUUGCAGGCAGAAACUUUUGUCGCCACGUCGCUACGGUCAUUUAUUUCCUGGAAAAGAACGAUGUCAGUUUGAUGCAGCUCCAAUCGCGCAGCAGAUGCAAUCUUUUUUACGGACGAGAGGCCUGCAAUGUUAAGCUGCCAAACAGUGAUGCAGCCACCCUCCUCGGUGCCACGGUUCGUGUGGACGUCACCGCAGCGUGUGAUAUCAACGGCGUGAGCGCAGCGAAACGGUCACGCAGUUUUGUCCGACACUCCGCAGGCAGACCGCUUCACCUCCCCGCACCGGGCAUUGGCGUGGAACCCUCUCGAGGGGUGGAGUCGUCUUAG